AGAAACAGAAAUUGGAAAUUUGGAAUAGCAAAAGUUUUUAAAACUAAAACGCCCACCGUGGGGCUCGAACCCACGACCACAAGGUUAAGAGCCUUGCGCUCUACCAACUGAGCUAGACGGGCAAUUUACAAAAUAAUUGAAGCUACUAAGAAUUCGUAGAUUAUUCUAUGCUGUUCAAUCCAUUCUUCUCGUUUCUUAUUGCUGGUGCUGCCUAAUGGCAAUAGGCGGAGCAGUUGCCAUUAUGUACACGCGUUCUCCACCACUCUCUUCGUUCACCCCCACGCGCCUCUUCUCACGCUCUCAUUUCGCUGCAAAGCUUCGAUUUCCUCCUUCAAUUCGACUUCGUGCUUCUUCUACUGCCGUCAUCGACACCGAAACCAAUCCAACGGAAUCCGUCGUAGUUGAAAAGGAAGUGAGGAAUAGCAGCAACCCGUUGGCUUGUCCCGUGUGUUAUGAUUCCUUGACAUGGAAUGGUGGUCCUGGUUUCUCCGUAGAUACAAUCAGCGGGUCUAAUUUUCAAUGUGGGACAUGUCAGAAAACAUAUAUUGGUAACCAAACUCACAUUGAUCUCACCGCAACAGGUGGAGCUAAGAGCUACGGUGAUACGAUGCCAUUUUCCACAGAGCUUUUCAGGGUGCCACUGAUAUCAUUUCUCUAUGAGAGGGGCUGGCGUCAAACCUUUUCUGUGUGGGGUGGUUUUCCAGGUCCUGAGAAAGAGUUUGAAUUGAUGAAGGGUUUCCUAAAACCCGUAUUGGGAGGAAAUAUAGUUGAUGCUAGUUGUGCAAGUGGAUUGUUUUCAAGAUUAUUCGCAAAAAGUCAACUCUUUUCUUUUGUUGUUGCUCUAGACUACUCGGAAAACAUGUUACAGCAAUGUUAUGAAUUCAUUCAGCAGGAAGAGAACUUCCCAAAAGAGAACUUAAUCUUGGUUAGAGCAGACAUAUCUAGGCUCCCCUUUGUUUCUAAUUCUAUUGACGCUGUGCAUGCUGGCGCUGCUCUACACUGUUGGCCUUCACCAUUGGCAGCUGUUGCUGAAAUAAGUCGUGUUUUACGACCUGGAGGUGUAUUUGUUGCAACCACCUACAUACUUGAUGGUCCUUUUUCUAUUAUCCCAUUUCGAAGUAUAUUACGGCAGUGUUGGCGUGCUCCGUCUGAAUUGAUAAAAUCAACUCUAAGGCAAGCAUCUGGGAACUACAGCUUUCUCUCUGAACGUGAGCUUGAAGAUCUCUGCAGGGCGUGUGGGCUGGUUGGGUUUAAAUGCAUUAGAAAUGGGCCUUUUGUGAUGAUCUCUGCUAGAAAGCCCAGUUAAAGUUUGAGCUUCGGGUGCUCUGUUUGCUGCCUUGAACACAUUAUGCUGAAGCCUGUAUAUCUUCCAUGAUCAAAAUUUUCAAAUGUAAGCAGACAAAAUGAUGCUUGUUAAUCUGAUUAAAUUUGUGGUUUGAGUUGGUAA